AUGGCUUCUCAGCAAUCCACCGACACUCCCCCCGCAGCUCGACCAAGCCCAGACAGACUCUCCUCCUAUUCACAUCAAACAAGCACGACUUCUACAGCCAGCCGUGAAACCCCCAAGAGAGCACAUACUUUCCACUCACCGUCGCCUUCCGAGAAGCAUGGAGAUGCCGGAGCCAACGCCGGGGCUCCCGACACAUUCGACACUGCCGAGAAUUCCGACAAUGAUGAGCCUCCUGAGAUCACGCGAGCAUCCAUUGAGCUUGACGAUCUCCCAAUCGAGCUAAUUACCUUGACCGAUAGCUUCGUCGAAUCACUCUCUGCCAAAGUUCAUUCCACUCCACCGAAUAUCGCCAAGCUAUCCCAGCUUUUUCAAGAAUUCUAUACUACAGCAUCUUCUCAUAUUGGCACUCAUAUUAGCGCCCUCGCCUCGCGCCAGAGCCGUGAGAUCUUCCAACCUCCACCGCCAUCAUCCUCCGUCGCUAGCCGCUUUCGAUCAAAAGCAGCCUCGCUAGGCUCAAAAGACAAGUCAAAGGCAGAGAUUGAACAGCAGAUGAUUACACCCGAAGAGCUAGCAAAUCGAAAGAAGGCAAGGAAAGCUCUAGAGGCGAAACGAAGCUUGCUCGAGGAGGCCGUCGAAAGGAGGUUAUGCGAGGGUAUAUACGACCGGAUUUAUCGCCACAGGAGUACGCAAGAUGAGGCUCAGGAUGCAAAGCUUAGAUCCAAGACCGCCGCCUUGUCCCUCGUUGGCAUUGGCCCUUCAGAUCUCGGGAUAGACUUGGCUGAAGUGGAACCGCAAACCGAAAAAUCAACGGCCGAAAGGACAGAGGUUAUCCGUGGCCAGCUUGAGUCUGCCAGGAAAGACUUGGUUCGAAUGGGCGAGUCAAGAUAUCCUCUUGGCAAACUAAAUCGCCUCAAGGCCGCGCAUAAGAGCAUCGUCGAUACACUUGCCCAGUUUCAUCCUUCAGCCUCUGCGGAUGAAAUCAUGCCAAUGCUUAUUUACACACUCAUCACGCUCCCCCCUGAGCAUCUCAACGUUAUCAGCGACCUCAACUUCAUCCAAAGCUUUCGAUGGGAGCAAAAGCUGACCGGUGAAGAGGCUUACUGCCUUACAAAUCUCGAGGCUGCCAUCAGCUUCCUCCAAACAGUUGAUCUUGCCACAUUGAGAGAAGACGAGCGUCCAUCGGGGCCGGUAAAGACUCCAGGGCAACCUGUAACUCCUAGAGUAGAAACAUUUCCACCAGCAUACUCUCAGGGACUUACAACUUCGCCGCAGAGUACAUCUGCAGUCAACACUGAAAAUGCCACCGCUCCAAAGCCCGAAUCAUCGCCCAGCCUCAAGCCGGCUUCGACCGUCAAGAACCGGAGACUGAGCGACCUGAUUAACACACCCACCCAGGCAUUUGGUGCCGCCAGUGAUGCCGUUUUUACCACAGCCGAUCAAGGACUCAAAACCAUCUCAAACAGCCUGGGUGAGAGUUACAGCUUCCUCCUCGGCAAGCUUAAGGAGCGUCAAGAGGACCCCAAGGAGCCCAUUGCCGUCCCAAAGACCCUAGACGACGCUCGCAAGCUCGUUAGCACUCCACCCCCUGAAGAUGAAGACGCUACCAUCUCCCUAGCAGCGGCAGCGACAGAUUCAGAUCAAACCAAACCCCAGAAUGGACGGGAUGAUCGUGUUUUAAGCAUAAUUGGCGGCCGUCGCGAUCAUAGCACAGACAGCGCCCGCAGUGGUCGCAGCGCAAGCUCCUCUAAAAAGGUGCUCUUUGCUGCUGCAGAAGACGCAAAAGCCGGAGCCGCCUCUCCUGCACCAGCUCAGCCAGCCAUGCUGGACCAAAUGCGAAACUUGGGCAACACGUUCAACCCCAUGGCCCGACUCUCCGGCAUCAGCCUAGUCCGAGGCUUUGGUCGAAGUGUGUCCACCCCCGUGGUCACUCCUCCCAAGGACGCAAAGGACGCCACCAAGGAUAGCAAAGACUCGAAAGACGCAAAGGACGGCGUGAAGCCAACUGAUGGAGGAGAUUUAGCAACUGCAUUCCCGGACAUCGCGGGCAUCCUACCACCGAAAGAAAUCCCCAAAAUCAGCCCUCCCAAUAAACGGUUCAUGGAACUUCAGAAUCCGGGCGAUCUGAGGCUCAGUGAGGUAUUAGAUCUGCUAAAGGACUAUCGUCGCCUUGCUGGCGCCUUGAAGAACAUGGGCGCCUUUGAGGAUAAGUAA